AUGGAGCGCAGGCCAACAUCCCGAAACGUCAGCCUCUCCUGGCUCGACCCCUCCCCAAACAGCAUCUCACCCCACCUAAUCCAAAACACCUACGCCCGCCUCAAACUCCAAUACGCAGACGCCCUCCAGAAAAACUGGGCCGAAGACCUCGAAUUCCCAACCCAAGUCUUCGAACAUAUAUCUCUCGCAGCAUGUCUAAUAGAACUAUGGAGAAAAACCUACAACGCCGUCCCAGCCACAGAACAACCGUCAUUAUCACGGCCAAACCCCACAGCACCAAUACCAUUCCCCAGCUUCGUGGAUCUAGCCUGCGGAAACGGGAUCCUCGUCUAUAUCCUCCUGAAAGAAGGAUACCAGGGUGUCGGCUACGACGCCUGUCGUCGGAAGUCGUGGACGACAUUCCCGGCUGAAGUACAAGCUUGUCUGAAAGAGAGGAUCUUUCUUCCUGGUCCUUUUGCGGAUGUACUAGGCUCGCAGGGGCGAGAUGAUAUGGAACUGGAGCUGGGUGUUGAGAUACAUACUGGUGGAUUUCCGGGGGGCACGUUUAUGAUCUCGGAUCAUGCGGAUGAGCUUACGGUUUGGACUCCGUUGAUGGCUGCGUUGGCGUGUCCGCGUGACCCGUUGCCGUUUUUUGUUGUUCCUUGUUGUUCGAAGUCGCUUGCUGGUGGGGAGUUUAGAUAUCCUCCGGGGAAAAGGAGGGGGUCCGGGGAGGACGGUAUGGUUGAUGAUAAUGGGGGAAAGGAGUCGGGUGGAAAGCAGACGCAGCCUGAGUCUGGGGAUUUGAAGGCGUUGAGGGCGAUUAAGUUGGAGGAGAAGACUGAGGCUGGGUUUUGGAUGUCGAUGGCUGGGUCUCUGGCUGCGAAGACGAUGGGUGUUGCGGAGGAGAUUGGGUUUGAGGUUGAGAGGGCUUGGUUCAGAACUCCUGGUGCGGUUAAUAUGGCUUUGAUUGGAGGGUGUAGGAGUGGUACACGGGAAAAUGAAAAGGAACUGGGGAGGGAGGGUGUUUUGGAGAAGAUUAGGGAGAUAGUUGAGACGGAAUGCGCUAAAGAUGGUGGUGCUGAGAGAGCUGCGAAGCUCUGGAUUGAGAGGACGAGAUGUCUUCGUCUGGGACAGGGAACGGUGCAUCAUGCUAAGAUACCCUAA